AUGCUGCGUAGAGAGCUUUGGAAUGCCAGAGCACGCCGAUUUGUCUUCGGUCUUAGGUUCCAUGAACGAGAUGCUUGGACCGCCGUGAAGGGCGUUUGGUCGUCUUUAUUCGCAUUGCGGCCAUGGGUGUCCUUAGCAAAGGCUGGAAGAAGUUUCCAUGAUCUGAAUAUGGCGGUACUUGUUCAGGAGCUUGUGGAAGCCAAAUAUGCCUUUGUGCUCCACACGAUCAAUCCUUUCACUAAGGACAAAGAUGAACUUUAUGGAGAGCUUGUGGCUGGAAGAGGGGAGACCUUGGUUGGGAAUUUCCCGGGACGGGCCUUGAGCUUUGCUGUGCGCAAGGGCGGCGAGCCUCGCGUCAUUUCUUUCCCCAGCAAAAGCGUGGCCUUACAUACCCAACAUUGUCUCAUUUUCCGCUCAGACAGCAAUGGGGAAGACCUUGAAGGUUUUGCUGGUGCUGGUCUCUUUGAAUCGGUUUGUGCAGAAGAGGAGAUGUGAUUGCUAAGUCAAAUGAGAGCUACUUUGAUUAAUUGAGGUGCCUUCCGCAAAAAGUUGAAUCCUUGCAAAACUGUGCAGGUUGCAACCCUGUGGAGUUGAUAUUGUCCUGCAGAUCUCAAUGAUGAACCUCAUCACCUUGUGUAUUGUUUUUGAUCGUCAUGAUUCAUUAUGAUUGGUAGCCAACUUUGACAGGACGAGGAA